GCCGGCGCCUGCACGUGACCGCGGCUCGCGAGGCCACACGUGCUAUCGGCCUCCCGGGCUGCAGACGGGCUCCGAGGGCCGGGUAGUCGGAGUGUGCGCGCGCGCGUCUGGGAAUGUGGGUCUGUGUGUGAGGGAGCGCGAGCGCCCACGUCUGUCUGCGCGCUGAGCGCCAGUGCCUGCUUUCUCCGCCGUCGCCGCUGUCUGCAAGAGCGUUUGCACUUCUCCCGAGCAUCUGGUUCAGCAUGCAAGAAGAAGCAAGGAGUGAGGAAACGCAGAACUAAUGGGCCAUGAGGAUGUAAGCGUGUUCGAAGGCUGCCUUACAUACCACUCCAGGACAGAAUCAUGAAUAAACUGGAGGACAAGCAGGACCAGAUGAUACCAUGAAGAGAAGUUUACAGGUCCUCUAUUGCCAACUGUUUAGUGUUCUCUUGAUCUUGGCACUGACAGAAGAGCUGGUUUUUGCCACCCAGGAACCGUCUCCCAGGGAGUCACCUCAGAGCCCCCAGAUGGACACUCCCCCUGUUGUCAUGGCGACAGUGCCCCCCAGUUCCACCAGUCACCAUGCCACAGCGCCGGCCCCCGCCGCUGUGGUGGCCACGGCUCCCCAGAGCAGCGGCCGCCCCCUGACAGCUAGCGCCCAGACCGCGGUGGCCAGGAAACCCCCUCACUCCAAGAAACACCCCCUCCCUAACGCCACUCCGGCCACGGUGGGGACGGCCACGCGCCGGCCCCCACGGCCCCCAGGCUCUUCGAGGAAGGCUGGCCGCCCUGUCCCCGCCGGUGGCGGUCCUGGCCGGAAGGAGUCCCAGCGGGCGCGCAACCAGAGCGCCCUCCGGCCUCUGGGGAAAAUCUUUCAGAUUUACAAAGGCAACUUCACGGGGCCCACGGGGCCCACAGAGCCCGGCUCCCACAGGGAGCCCCGUCCCUCCACCCCCACCUAUAAUCCAAUUUAUAAUCGCUCCUCCGAGUCUCCGGGCUCCCGGGCCGUGACCGCCACCCCGGAGCCUGAUGGCGCAGUGCGGGGGCCCUCGGACUCUGCCCGCGGAGACCGAACGAAGGGCCUCAGGCAGAUGGAGCGAGAGAGCGGCCCUUCCCCCAGCAGCCACGGAAGGGAGCCCCAGGCCACGGGCGGGGCCCCCGAGCCUCCCACUGACCCAGAAACCACCACAGUGCCUUCUCAGCCCUCGCACAGUGAGCCGUCCCUGGACGUCCCAAGACUCAGCGACUCCUGGUUCCCCCCGACCCCAGGAACCAGCGUACCUUUGUUUGCCAGCCCCGGGGUCUCCACAGCCCCCGUGGGCUCUGUCCAGGCUGCCUUUAACGUCAGUGUUUCAUCCCCGGUGGUGGGGAGCCCUCAGGGAGCUUCUUCUACUCCCCAAAGCCCCACUCUACUCUCCAGCAUCACCCACCCCCCCAGGAGCCCCACCCCAUUCUCCAGCAGUGCCCUUCCUACUGCUGAGGGGCAUGUGAUCGCCCGCACGGUUGCCAACAGGGUGCCCGGUCCCCUCUCUACAGUGGGCUCCACUGCUACGGGAAACUUCCUAAACAGACUGGUCCCUGCAGGAACCUGGAAGCCUGGCAUGCCAGGGAACAUCUCCCACGUCACCGAGGGGGACAAGCCCCAGCACAGACCCACCAUCUGCCUGAGCAAGAUGGACAUUGUCUGGGUGAUCUUGGCCAUCAGCGUGCCCAUCUCCUCCUGUUCGGUCUUGUUGACUGUGUGUUGCAUGAGGAGGAAGAAGAAAACAUCAAACCCAGAAAACAACCUGAGCUAUUGGAACAAUGCUAUCACCAUGGACUACUUCAACAGGCAUGCUGUGGAGCUGCCCAGGGAGAUUCAAUCCUUGGAAACUUCUGAGGACCAGCUCUCAGAGCCCCGCUCCCCGGCCAACGGAGAUUACAGAGGCAGCGGGAUAGUACUUGUAAACCCCUUCUGUCAAGAAACGCUGUUCGUAGGCAGCGACCAAGUAUCUGAGAUCUAACCGGCACCAGCUUGCUCGUGUUACAAUUCUGUGCUUUCCAUCUCUAAAUUAUAAAUACCUAUAUAUAUAUUAUAAAUAUAACCUUUGUGUAACCCUGACUUAAUGAGAAACAUUUUCAGGCUUUUUUUUCCUAAGAAUUGUCAACAUCUUUUUUAUAAGUGUGGUUGAAAAGAAAACUUUACAGAAUGACCUGUGGCUUUAUAAAAUAAAGGCAUUUCUAAGCAAAAUGGUCACUCCAAUUACUUCUCUUGGUAUCUAUCCUCAGAGUUAUGUGAGGACAUUAUUUUCACAAAUCAAGUAAGUUGCCUGACCUCAGUAUCUGUCUGAUUUAUCUAUACUCCUAAUAUGGUCAACUGUAUUGCCAUUUAUGUGGUCCAUAGGGGCCAAUCCCCCUCAUCUGAACCUGUUCCCACAUUUCCUAAUAUUUUCACUUGCUCCAGAGAAGGAACCAAGGUCAUUGGGCAUAAGGGGUGACCAGAUUCACAAAAGAGGGAGUGGGGAGAAGGGCCAUAGGAUUGUCAAAAUAAAGCUGAAAUGGACUUUAGAAAUUAUCAGUCCCAACUCUGUCAUUUGACAGAUGAGGUAAUGGAGGCCCAGUGUGAUUGAUUGAUCUGCCCAAGGUCUUAUAGCUAGUCAAUAGCAGAGGUCUCCAAAGAGAGCUCUGACUAUAAAAUCCACUUCCCAUUAUACCACACUGGGCUGCCUCCCUAUAACUAUCUCAGAGAUAGUUCUCUAGGUCAGCCUAGCUGUCCAGACUAUUCCAUCCAAGCUUUUGGAACUUGGUCAAGGAAUUAUAGUUAUGGAAGUAAAUGGACUGCCUCAUAAGUCAAUUCACCUUACGAGAAACUCAUAAGGCACAGCACCAAGAGAAAACAUGCUGUAAUGAGAAAGGAAAAAAACAACAGUGGAUUUGUAGUCAAAAGGCCUGGAAUCAAAUCUUACUUCUUCCCCUUUCUGCCUGCAACUCUGGACAAAUUAUUUCAGUCCUCUGGGUCUCAGUUUUCCCCAUCCAAAAAUAAGGGAUUUGUUCUAGUUGGUAUUAAGAGCCCUUUCAGUCCUAAAUCUUAUGACAGAAUCUUAUGCCAUAGACCAGCAUGAUGGAAAUUAUUUUGGUGGUCAUAAAAAUAUUUUGUCUUUUAACCACUUCUCUCCCAUUCAUAACUAUUAACUUUUAGAUGGAAGGAAAUUUGUGUUAGGAUUGCAGUCCAACUUUUUAAAGAAGGGUACCAUUUGCCGUCCCCAAAAGAAUACUUAGGACAAAGCUAUUCAUCAAAUGUUUUGUAGGCUUUUUUAAAAUUACGAAAAAAUUAUGUGGGCACAUGGCUACUCUCACUUUCCCCUGAAAUAAGCUCCCCUCCUCCUGCAAUCUUAAAAAGAAUUAAAUUUCCAUGGCAAAUCAUUUAGAAGAAAAUGCCAAGUAAAUUCCUGCUGUACACUUCAGAAGGAAUCUCCAGAAGUGUAAAUCACCGCCCUCCUGGAUUUUCCCAGGAAUCGCAGGUUCUUUCCCAUCCAGAACCUUUGAAAGCUUUAGUCAUUGUUAAGUGUUCCAACCCUCUCACCACUACCAUUGCCCACCCACAUAGGGAUCAAGCAAAUCAGUGACUCAGGAAGGACUCUUAAGGAGAGGUGACUUUUCCUUCCUUCAUGAAUUAUCUAGAUCCUUGGGGAAAGAUAUUUUGACCUUCCAAUUAGCAACGGGGUGGGUGACCAGAAAGGUCUCUAAAGAUUCCUUCUGAGAUUCUGUAACCCAGAAGACUUUGACUUGAAAUUCAGUAAAGCAAGAUUACAUUAAAGAAUUCCAAUCCAGUAUUUAUCAUUUGAUAAAUGAUUUUUUAAAUAGAAUAUAUUUUGAAUAUGUGUCAUUGAAGUUUGAUGGGGGAAUCCAAUAAUUAUUGCUUCAUCUACUUGUGUCAUUGCAUCAGGUUUUGUACCAUGGUUUUUUUUUUCUCUUUCCUCUCCCAUUUCCUUGAAGAAAAAGAUGGCCCUCAAUGUGUGUGUCUUCCCUGUUGUACGAGCCUACCUGUGUGAGUUACUUUGUCACGUCUACUCUGAAGACUUUACCUUACCCACUAGGGGAACUAUGGUUUAGGGAACCAUUAUUACCUGUCUCUGCUGUUGUUGUUUUUUAUUUUGUUUUAACCUAAACAUAGCGUUUCUGUUAGCCUACCGUGCUUAGCAUACCAAUGUGUGUAUAUAUAGAGAUACAUAUGUAAAGUAAAUCUAUAUAUAAUAUAUGUAAUCAAAGAUGCAUAUGUUAUAUAUAUAUGAACGUAUAACCUAUUUUUCUUGAUCUAUAACAUUCAGCUACUAUGUAUAUACAAAUAAAUGUAUUUUAUUAGCCAGAGGCUUAAG